AUGGAGCUGUUACACAGCCUGCCAUACUACUAUAGAGAAAGGGAGGGAACAGACAUAUUAUCAAAAACCUUAGAGUCUAAUGAAGCACUGACUCCGCUGCAAAUUCCUUCACGCCCAACUGUGUCCCAGGAUAGAUAUGAGGAGUUAAGAGAUUCAUUUCAGUGGUGCAGGCUUCCGUGGGGAACCGAGAGAGAAUAUGGAGGAAUUGCACCGAUUUCAUUGCCAGAAGAUCAUAGACCAAAGAAUGAGCCUCCUUGUUUGUUUGCUAAAGGACAUCAACAUUAUGGUUAUGGUGGAGUCUCCUGGCCCAGAGGUCUUCCCAUUGAACAGUAUUAUGAUGUAACCCAAAUGAAAAAAAGUGAUGUCCGUAUGAAUGAUGAUCUGCUUCCUAAACCUCCAGAUAAUUCAGUCGAACAAUUAUCCCUGCCAUUUCCAGUUUCACACCCCUACCAGACACACAUCUCCAGAUAUGCCAUGUUCCCAAACUUUAAAUCACCAGAGGAUCAAGACACUGGCAUCCAAGCAAGCAGCCAUCGACCUUUUCAUCCCAACGUCCCUACAAAGGCUUAUGAUGUGAUUGUUUUGAGAAAGACCAAAGGUAAUCUAUAUAGACAUGAAGUGAUCAACUUUCCAUCUGAUUCCAAGAAGGAGGCCUUGCAUUGGCCAGGACAACAUGCAUACUAUCAUUUUCCUAAAUUUGUUGAGGGAAGCAAUCAGAUAUACUAUCCAAAGCCACCAAAGACUGUGGCUCCUAACACUACAUGCAACCCACUGGAACCUAAUCUCUCUCCACGUACAACCAAUAUGCUGCGAAAUGUAGAAAGGGCCCAGUGGAUAACAACAUAUAACCAUGAUUUCACAGGUAGCGGUCCCAUGAAUCCCCUCAUACUGGAUGAUUACGACAUGAAGCUAAUUGGCAGAGUAACUGGAGAAUUAGGGGAAGACGUGGAACUUAAAGAAACAUUUCUGCCUAGUCUCUCACAAGUGAGGCCCCUAGAAGGGCGCAUUGCACGUCUCCUCCAAAGUCGGCGUCCCCAUGAAUCAAUUUUACGAGAACAGGAUUCCUCAGAUAUCCAUGUGCCUCCAGCUUUGUACACAGUUCAUGCUGUCAUACCCAGUUGCUCAGGUGUGAUACUAAGCAAUAGGAAAACAGCAAAUCUGGAUCAGCAAUGUAAACAUACAGAAAACGAAGCCAAGAAAAGGGAUGAGGACUCAUUGCAGACUCUUCAUCUGCCUCAAGCAUGUUAUCAGAGAGGUGAGAGUCAGGAUAACAGACCUAUAGUAAACAAAUUUCAGAAAAUCACAGAUACAUUGAAAACAGAAGCUUUGUACAGAAGGCAGCUUGCAGUUAGACCUGAAUCUGAACCUUCUCCCACACCAUCUUGGAAUUCCCUUUACUACGAAGAUUUGAAACCCAGCCAUUUAGACCAAUACAUUGUAUGGCACAACCCAGUUAGUCUUAGUAAGCCAGGUGUACCAAAGAAUCAAACUGGUGGAGAAGGUGGAAAUUUUCAACCUGAAUGCAGUGAUCAAGAGGAAACCCAAUAUGCUUUGAGUUUGGACGGCAAUCCGCCCAACAUGGCAUUGCCUGAAUGGAUUCCUAAUUCUGGGGUGCCUCGACCUCAGACAUCAUUACUCGAGCUUCAGGAUUCCUUUUCUAAAACAGGAGCACACAAACGUUUUCAUAAUUCUAUUACAGGAGAAGCAAAAGACCUCAGGGAUAAUAUCCAUGAAGGGAGGAGGCACACAUUCUAUGGCUUCAAUUCAUUUUAUUUCUAUAACUGACAUGUGCCUUUGUCCCUUUAAAUUAAAA